AUGUCGUGCAAAAGUGUCAUGUUAUGCACCUUUGUAAGCUUGGUCUUCUUGUUCAUCGUGAUCGGCAUACCUAUACUGAUCUAUAAUGCAGUGGUGAAACCCAAGGACCCAACGUUCACCCUCGACCAUGCUUCGGUCACCGGCUUCAACAUGACAUCAGACGGUCAUUUAACCUCCUUCUUCGACGUGGUCAUUCGGGCUAAUAACCCGAACCACAAGCUCAAGCUAAAGUAUACUAGAGUUCGAGUUUCGAUAUUCAAAAACAAGCAGAAACUUGCAGAGGAUGUUUUGGUGAAAUUCACACAGAGAAAAAGGAAUGUGACAAUGGUAAGGUCCGAGGCCGUGGCUCUUAACUUGAGACUCAAGGAAUCCCCUAGGUUUGAUUUUCAAUUCGAGAGUGGGGUUGGAUACCUUGAUUUUGAUGUUUUUAUGACGGCGAUGUUGAAUGGGAAUAACCUAGAGGUUAAUUGUAGGCACGCCAUUGUUAAUAUUACUGCUUCUCCGCUUGUUGCUGCGUCGUCUCCAUUAGCUAAUCAUUUUCGCAGUUUAAGAUGCAGCGUACUUAUAUACAACAAUGACGUUUGA